AUAAUUAAAAUAUAUAUAUAUAUAUAUAAAAUGAUGUUUAUUGUUUUUUGCUUAAUUUUAAAUAUCGGUUAUAUUUAUUCUAUAUCAGGAAAUAAAGGUGCUUGCAAAUCAGGAAACUAUACUGAUUUUGAUUUGGAUAUAAAUAAAUAUUUAGGUAAAUGGUACAGUGCUUAUGUUAGUGAAUCUUUUAGCUAUAUUUAAAGAACAGAUAUUUGUGCAUUUGCUAAUUAUUUAUUAAAUUCAGAUGAAACUCUAAAUAUUCAUAAUGAGGGUAUAAGUUAAGAGGGAAAACAUAAAUCCGCUUAUGCAACUGGUAAAAUUGUUUCACCUGGGAAAUUUAAGAUAAAAUUUUCUAUAUUUUAAUUAAUUCCUGCUAACUAUGAAGUCGUUUAUGUUAAUAAUGGUUAUGAUAUUGCAGCUGUUGUAGGAUGUAACGGAUUCUAUGAAUUUGGAAGUAGUGAUGUUUGGAUUUUAGUAAGAGACUAUAAUUAUGAUGAAAACAAAGUUUUAUAAGUAAUUAGUAAAGUAAAAGAACUUGGAUUUGAUGUAAGUGAUAUAGUUAAAGUAAAUACAAGCGGAUGUAGUACAUAUUGAUAUUUUAAUAUAUUAAUAUUAAAUUACCAUAAUUAUUAUAUAAAUAUUAAAUAUAAAUAAAUAAAUAUUUUAUAUUUAUUAGUUUAAAAGUUUAUGAAAGUUCAUAUAAAUCUUUUUUAUUUUUUAUUAUUA